GGCAACAACUGCUCGCGUCAUAAGCCUCCCCACGAACACGCGCGGUCGGAUCCUCUGCUUCGUGACCGAGUGUGCACAAGUGGCAGUGGGAGUGACUGAGAGCGUCGCAGAUUGGACUUUUUGACAAGGUUGGAGACGUGUGAUCAUGGAGCCCCUUCUGCCUGCAGGUGUCGACACGGCUGCCGAGGACAGCGAUGCGAAGAGGAAGAUCCAGUUCUCGGUGCCUUCGGCGGUGCCCAUACAGCUGGACCCCCGGCAAGUGGAACUGAUCCGACGUCGGAGGCCCACGCCCGCCACCCUCUUCCGACUGACGGACCCGCCUUCGCCGGAAGACGACGGCGGCUCUCACCAGUGGGUUGCGGGAGAAAACGGAGUCCUGAAAGCCAAAACGCUCAACAGCACGUCAAGCGCCUAUCAGCCGCCCUCGCUCAAAGCCGUGCAGAGAAUGGCCCAAGCGCACCUAUCUUCCAUAGACAUGAGCUCCGUGGACCAGGACGAGCCGCCGUCCGGAGAGGAAGAGGACGACGACGAGAGCACGCGGUCAGAUUCAGCAGAUGCUGGAACGCAAAACAAAGCGCAGCGGGAUCGGUCGCUUUCGCCGGACGCGCUGCGAGCGACAGAGGACGCCACCGAUGGCGACGAAGGAGAACGACGGAAAAUCACUUUUGCGUAAAAGCACGGACGGGAGGUUUGUUUGUGUGCUUGUAAAUGUCAUGUAAAUAAAUACGGUGUGCGAGAACAUCCAACUGGGCGCCGCAAGGUGGUGCUAAAGGCAACAUAAUUAUAUAUUCCUACAUUCUGUGUUGUACAUUUGUGUACAAUGCAAGUGAUGGUCUGUCUAGUGGGCUUUUAAUGUGUAUACUGUAUAAUAAUAUUCUACACAUGCUUUGUGUUGGUUGCUAAUAAAACCUCCGAAACGGCUUUUGAAGUGUAUCAUGUCGUGUCUUUAUGAAAAGACACGCAAAAGAUUGACUUAUUUCAUUGAUGUACGAAUAAAUGAAGAGCUAAA